AUGACUGCUGAAGAGGUGGCUGAUCUCAAGGUCAAGCACAAUCGACCAAACUUGGGUAAAAACGGAGAUUCGAGGAAGCAGUUCCGGCGAAAGCUGCAUGAAACCAAAACAAAGCCGUUCCCUGGAACAAUGACUAAACGUCAGGCACUGGAAGCCUUCCUCGACGUAGAUUGGUUGAUUCGCAUUUACGUAGAAUUUCACCUAGCUGUUGCUGACGCUUUGUCCCGUCUCGAGGUCAACACUCUUACCCCCACGUUCAACCUGACGAAGCUAGCAGAUGCUCAGGCGCCUGAUGACUCCAUCAUUGAAAUACGUGCGUCUUCUUCGCUACAGCUGCGUGAGGCUCCCCCCCCAGCAUCGCCCGGGACGAUCGUGUGGGACUGGUCUACAUGUACUCUUCGUCCUGUUGUACCACAGUCUUAUCGUAAGUGUUGGGAUUAUUCCUAA